AAUGAAUCGGUUUUGGAUCUAUUGGUAGACGUGUUGUCCAAAUAUAUGUGGAGUUUAUGUCAAACCAUUCGCACGACAAGCGACUUCUUAGAGCUCAAGUCCGACAAUGAUUUCAUCGAUGUUAUGGACCGAGUAUUUCACGACAUGAAUGUCACAGACUUUGAGUCUUUACGACAAUAUAAAUCACAUUUAGAUCUUUAUAACGAGAAUCUCAUGAAAGAAGUGAUGAGAAGAAUCGAGUCCAAGACCACCGCAAAGACUAUAGCGUCGGAUGUGUCGGCACUUAUGGACACUAAUAGUGAUAAUUCGCCACAACUUUCAGUCAAUAGUCAGUCCGAGAAUAGAGAAGAGCAGACACUGUCUCUUAAAUCACUUCUCAGUUCAUAUAAAAGCGAUGAAGUGCACGAAAAUGAACAGUUGUUUGGUUUGACGUCUCCUCUCACCUCCACUUCUAAUAAAAGCAAUUAAUUAAACAAUUUUCUUGUUAUCAAAACUCAUAAAAUCAUUAUUU